GCCCAGUUUCCCCUAUCCCGAAAAGGGAUCUUUUCCCAAAGUGUCUGUGAAGGACGUAAGAUGUGGCGGCUGGUAUGGUUGCUGGCGGGAGUGACUGCAAUUCCGCCGCACCAGGAGACGGCACGGGUCGCCCGCUUCGUGGCCCAUGCGUGUGACUGGGGCGCGUUGGCCACGAUCUCCACGCAGGAUCCUCCGAUGCGGGGCCAGCCCUUCGCCAAUGUGUUUUCCGUCAGCGAUGGGCCGGUGGGAAAAGGUAGUGGGGUCCCUUAUAUGUACCUGACGGAGCUGGAAAUCUCAGUGCAUGACUUGAAGGUGAAUGCAAAUGCCUCCCUAACUAUGUCCUUGGCACAGACUUCUUAUUGCAAGAAGCAAGGUUAUGAUCCUCAAAAUCCUCUAUGUGCCCACGUGAUAUUCUAUGGCGUAGUUGAGAAGGUUCAGAAUGGUACAGAAGCUGAUUUUGCAAAGACAGCACUGUUCAGUAGACAUCCUGAAAUGGCAUUUUGGCCUAAAGGGCAUAACUGGUUUUUUGCCAAACUGAACAUCAUCAACAUCUGGCUUCUAGACUUCUUUGGUGGAAUCAAAACUGUGACCCCAGAAGAAUAUUUUAAUGCUUUACCCUAGGAUUAACAUUUUUUGGGAUGCAACUGAACAUCUCUCCUUUCAGUUCCAUAACAAGAAGAUAAGGACACUAUGGGAACUGUGCAAAACUCAAAAUUUGCAUAUUCAUUUCAAAUCCUGGUCAAUUGUUUAUGCUGUAUACACUUUUUGUGAGGGCAGCCCCUCCCCACCAGCUUUUAAAAGUCUGAAAUUAAUGCCAAGAAAUCUUAUACUAUGAACACAAAUUGGCACAGCCUGCAUAAUGCAUUUUGCCUUUAAGACUCAGAUUUUUAAAGAGAGUUAACUAUUUUUCAGCAAGUUUAUAAAAAUGAAAAUUCAGUUGGGGCAAGAAGGAUGUAUUCGUAAAACAGAAGGAAAAUUUGGGAGAAGAAAAAUAAUUGCAAACUUAACUUUGGUGUGACCAAACAUUUUCAUAUAUUCAUCUGCACUAUGUCUUGAUUUAGACAUUUGUAAACAGCAUCUUGGAUUCAGUCCCUGCUCACCUGUUGUAUAAUUUUAUUGUUGAAAUCAACUAUAAAAACAAUUGUACACCA